AUGCCGUCCCCUGGCGUACCUGUGUUGCUUUCAUUAGUGAAGAAUGCUGCAGUCUUGGCUCCAUGGAAAGACCAUGUUUGCAGAUUUAUCGGCUGUGGAAGGAAUGAGAAAUUUAAUUACGUGGUCAUGCAGCUUCAGGGCCGGAACCUUGCAGACCUCAGAAGAAGCCAGCCUCGGGGGACUUUUACGCUGAGCACAACCCUGCGAUUGGGCAAGCAGAUUCUAGAAUCCAUAGAAGCCAUUCACUCUGUGGGAUUCCUGCACCGGGAUAUCAAGCCGUCCAACUUUUCCAUGGGUCGCCUGCCUUCAACCUACAGGAAAUGCUACAUGUUAGACUUUGGUCUGGCCCGGCAGUACACCAACACCAACGGCGAAGUCCGGCCACCUCGCAAUGUUGCUGGGUUUCGGGGAACGGUCCGCUAUGCUUCAGUGAAUGCACACAAAAACCGAGAGAUGGGUCGACAUGAUGACCUGUGGUCCCUCUUUUACAUGUUAGUGGAGUUUGCAGUUGGUCAGCUUCCAUGGCGCAAGAUCAAAGAUAAGGAGCAAGUUGGCAUGAUCAAAGAGAAGUAUGAGCAUCGAAUGCUGCUAAAACACAUGCCGUCUGAAUUCCACCUCUUUCUGGAUCACAUUGCGAACCUGGACUACUUCACCAAGCCCGAUUAUCAGCUGAUCAUGUCGGUGUUUGAGAACAGCAUGAAGGAACGAGGCAUUACUGAGAAUGAGGCCUUUGACUGGGAGAAAGCUGGAACGGACAUUUUAUUGUCGACAAGCACCUCCACGCCACCACAGCAGAACACCAGGCAGACAGCCGCCAUGUUUGGGGUGGUUAACGUCACUCCAGUUCCUGGGGACUUGCUGCGUGAGAACACUGAAGAUGUCCUACAGGGUGAACACUUGAGCGACCAAGAGAAUGCUCCUCCGAUCCUGCCAGGCCGGCCAGUGGAAGGGCUGGGCCAGGCUCCUAACAUGGCCUUCAACGAGACCGAGGUUUGGGAAGAGACGGACGUGAACCGCAACAAACUCAGGAUCAGCAUCAGCAAAACCCAGUGCAUGAUGGAAGAGGAACAGAGAAGUGGUGUCUGCCCCAGCUCCCCGAUACGGGCACCUCCAGACUCCCCUACCACUCAAGUGCGCUCUCUGAGAUACCGUCGUGUGAACAGCCCUGAGUCGGAGCGCCUGUCCACUGCCGAUGGCAAAGCAGAUCUACACGAGAGAAGAUCUCGCGUGGACUUACCUUGUUCCCCUUCCCGGCUGGUGUGUUCCUCCCAACCAGCACAGAUGCUGUCCAUCGACACUGGCCAAGUAGACCGUCAGGCGAGCGGCAGGAUGGAUGUGUCUGCGUCCGUGGAGCACGAGGCCCUCAGCAAUGCUUUCCGCUCCGUGCCGCUGGCGGAGGAGGAGGACUUUGAUAGCAAGGAGUGGGUUAUCAUUGAUAAAGAGACAGAGCUGAAGGACUUUCACCCGGGGGCUGAGCCGAGCACUUCUGGAACUACAGACGAAGAGCCCGAGGAGCUUAGGCCGAUUGAAGAGGGCGAGGAGAGGAGGCGAUUGGGGGCAGAAGCCGCCGUCCGGCCGAAGGUCCACGAAGGGAGAACAUGGGGGAUGCAGCCUGUGACGGAGGAGGACAGUUCACACAGGCACGAAGGACACUGUCAAACGGUAUCGGACACCAGGCCCGAACAGCAGCCAGGAAGCCCGGCCCAGUUAUCGUUACACUCAGCACCAGCUCUGCGACAGCACAGACGGGAGUCCGAACCGACCGGUCCUCAGAGACAGGUGUUUACACUGAACCCUUUUGAAAUGAAUGGUCUGCCCAAGGCGGUGCCUUUAAAUUUGCCUUAUCAAGACUUUAAAAGGGAUGUGUCAGACUCUAGGGAAAAGCCGAGGUUCCUCCAGCGGAUAAAAAAGGUGGACUUCUCAAACAUUGUCUUGACCGCUCCUUGCAAACCGCCAGCGCCCCGUCUGGAACUGAACGGGGAGUGUGAGGAGGAAGAGGAGGAGGAGGAUGAAGAGGAGGAGGACGAGGAGGAGGAGGAAGCUGGUUAUCUGGGAGAAGAGAUUGACAUGCACAGUAGCUCCAGCAGCGACGUGAGUCAGAAAAGCACGGAGCGCAGUCAGGAAGGGGCGCCAUCCACUCUGCUGGCCGAUGAUCAGAAAGAAUCCAAGGGCCGUGCUUCCAUGGCCGAUGGCGAUUUAGAACUGGAGGAAGGCUCCAAAACGCUGGUGUUGUUUUCCCCGGGUGACAUGAAGAAGUCUCCACUCACCACCGACUUGGCGCCAGACGUCGAUCUGGGGACACUCGCUGCUUUAACGCCUCAGAGCGAGAGGCCCCAGCCCCUGGGCAGCCAGCUGGAUGUGUCAGAGCCCGGGACCCUGUCCUCCAUCCUGAAGUCCGAACCAAAGCCUCCAGCAGCCGUUUCCACGACGUCCUCCCCCUUUACCAAAGUCGAGCGCACGUUUGUUCAUAUUGCUGAGAAGACCCAUCUGAACGUCAUGUCUUCUGGCAGCCAGCUGGUGAGGCACGAGGAGUACGGCCCUCCGGGCCAACUGGAGGAGAUCAUCCUUGAGGAGGCGCUGGAGGAGAACCUGGGGUUGGUAGAAAAUGGGAGUGCGAAUUCUGGUUUAGAAGGGGGAGAAAUGGAAAGCUGCGCGCUCUCGGUCAAUCACAUCGAAACCUCCUCGGAGAUGGCAGGGGAGCCGCUGACGCUGCCCAACGGCGUGGCCCAGUCCCCGGAGGAGAGGCCGGAGCUUAAAGGCAAAGCCGCGCUGGCACUGGAUUUGGAAGAAACUGGCCGGCUGGUUUCAGGAGAGCCUAGCUUAGAAAAGACCAUGCUGGCGACCGAGCGCCUUACGCAAGCCGAGGCUCUCCUGGGAACGGUGAAGCAGGGCCCGAGGAAGCCUCUGAGUGCCAGAUACAGAAGCCGGAUUCCCAUCUUGUUCUCCGAGGAGGACACCGGCUCAGACCUAUCGGCCUCGCUCUCGGCCAAAGAGAGGCUUCACAAGAGGGCCAAGCAGCCUGACUUGGUUCGCCUAGUGAUGGAGAGAAGGCAAAGCCGCAUCCUCAGAUUGGCCUCUGGCGCCUCCUCCUCGGCCUCCUCCAGCGAUGAGCGGAGACGUGCCUCGGAGACCCUCUCGGCCACCGGCUCGGAGGAGGACACCCAUGACUCAGACGACUCCGUCCCAAGGAGGACGGGGGAGGGGAAGGCAUCCCACCCGGGAAGAGAGGGGAAAACUUUAAGCACAAAGAGCAGAAUCCCUCGGCCCAUCGUGCCUGCGAGGACGUUGCCAGCAGCAGUGAAGUUUGGGAGUCCAGCAGCAUCGGGCAGCUCGCCGCUCGAUGCAGCUCUCACCGCCAGGCUUCAGAGGACAGCUGGGACUGCGCCCAGUGACUCCCCACUGAAACAGCUCCAGAGCCGGCUCCCUUCCUCCCCGAGUCCAGCUCCUCCUCCUCCCCCGUGGAGCUGUGCUCCCCCCUGGAGCCCCAGCCUGCCCCCACGCAACCUCAGUGCUUCCCCCAAAAGCCAGUCACUGUCCCGACGGGAGAGUCCUUCGCCCUCCCGGCAGCAUAGGCCAGGGGCUGCCCUGCAGCGAGUUCAACCGUCUCCCCGCCCUCAACCCCGAGUCCUGGCGCAGGGGCUGCUGGGCGAUCCCCCGGCCUCCCCAGGCCUGGCCAGGAAAGGACAAAGAGGGAAAACCCAGACUCCGAGCCCAGCAACCAAAGGAAGGCAAGUGUCCGCGGAAGGCAAGGCCACGGCCAGAUAAUGAUCUUCUGCCGCCAACCCGUCAGGCUGGCUAACUCCUGCGUCUAGUGUACACUGAGCUGCCGUACACGCCGGAGCCACGAGCGGCUCGCAGCUCGCUGCACUUCAGCGCUUCACUCCCUCCCACGCCCACGCCGUCCGGAAACCGCUGCCCCACCGCGGGCUCGGCCGCAGCGCACGCUUGCUAUUGCAAACCACCAACCAGCGCCUCAGGCAGCCUGCCUAGUGCCUGACCCCCCCCCCCGCCCUUUUCUCCUGCUCACUUAGCAAUACCAGUCUCCACUCCAGCGCGCUGACACGUGAGCUUUAGAGAGCAGCAGUCGAAGUCGGUGGAGAGGGGACCGGCGUGGGCGCUGCGCCCACUGGGAGGAGAGGGCUCUGGAACUGUAGGGAGCUGCCCCCCCCCCACUCCAGUGUGUUGUUCCAGGAAGCCCCCCCCCGCCUCGCCUGCUGUACUUGCACUGACAGUGGUUACAACCCACCUCCUGCCCCGCGAGCCAGGGAGCGCCGCUCGCUGAGCAAGGAGAGCAGGCCAGGCGGAGAGGAGCUGCAGGUAUCUCUCAGCAGGCGGGCGGGGAAGCGCACCUUUACCAGCUGCUGCAGGGAGCCGGGCACCGGUGCUCAGUGACGCCCCCAGGCCAGUCUGUCUGUGGCGGCAGGUGGGUUUGUGUGACCAAGCCCGGGCUGCACUGACAGCUUGCCAGGGGCCCAAGGGCUAGGGGGGCAGAUUGCAGCCACCUCCAUCUAGGAUAGCAAACUGUGCCCCAUGGAGACUACCGGGCCCAGCAUGCAGCAGUCCCGGUGCAGCCGAGGGGGGGCCAAAACAGCUUUUCCUGCUGUCCCCAGCCGCAGCUCCACACUAAAGAGGUGGGUGUCACUGAAUGCCUUUUGUGCGGGUGCCCCUGCACCGAACUGCCUUGUGCUUUGUCGUCACACUGCCAGGUGGUGGUGGGGGGGGGCUGCACAGUGGCUUUACCACUGCAGGGGGGUGACUCUUGUGUACUACAGACAGGUGCUGCUGCUUUGCAGCCAGAGAUGGGCCGGCCCGUUACUGAUACACUAGCGUAUAACUAGCUGAUUUGGGCAGGUGGGGUUUAUGGCUUCCUCCGCCCGCACUCUCAGCCCAAACGAUGUGAAUGUAGUGGCAGGGUCAGAUUAAGGCCCCAGUUCCGGAUGUCACGUGACCCCUGCCGACCCCCAGCUCUCAUUUUAAAACCCUUUUACCCUUCACGGCUGGGAAGCAAUGCGCGAAAACCAUGAGCCACAUGUAACCGAUGCCGCAAUGUCUGCCUGAGUCUGCAGAGAGUCGGAGAGAGGCAAAAUGUUCCAUUCAUCUCCACGGGGCCAAGGCCAGGCCCCACGGCUCUGGGGAGCCCUACCUGCGCCACGCCAGCACUGGGAGCUGAGAGCGGCAGAAGAAUACAACACGUGCUGCCCGCCCAGGCCUGCAGAGGCGCCCAGCUGCCGGUGUAAAGAUUCGGUGCGUGGUAAAGACUAAUAAGGCCAGGGCUGGCCUACAGCGCGCUCUGGCUCACAGGGUAAGGGAGCUCACUGCAAGACUAGGCAUUAAAAACAGCCAAAUGCAAGGUCAUAUUCCUGACAACCAAGACUGCAGCUCACACUUCUAGGGGUCAUGCAGGGCUAAACGGGAAUAUCAAGUAGACACGCGGGGUGGGCUGACCUCUCUGUACAGCAUGAGCAGAGUUGCCAACACUUGCAAUUUUAGUGUCUCUCCCUCUCUCAUUAUUCGGGGUUUUCCUUGAAGCCUCCGUUGCUGGAGCCAUGCAAAUCUCAGCCUCCAGAGUUUUUUAAGCCGAGCGCUAGACCUCCUGGUUUCGGACGGAAACGUAAAAUCGUAACCCAGCGACUGCCUCCAGGCCCAGGCCCAGCAGGCCCAGGGAAAGCCCCACACCGAAUUGUUUAGUUAAAGGUCAGACGUAACCAAGCCCUCCUGCUUUUAGGCUGCGUGGGCUUCGGGACACAGCAUCAGUGAGCCCAUAACUGGCCCCUGUGUCCUGGGCUUGGGGGGGGGGGGGGGGGGGGCCACACGGCCAGGAGCUGUUACACAUUGGAAAGGGUUCAGAGAAAAGCCACACACAUGUUUAAAUGGCUGGAAAACCCUCCUGCCAGCACCGGGACUGAGCAGCAGGCUGGCACCAUGCUCCUUCCAUAAACCCUGCCUGCCCCGGAGCGCCUGCCUCCUCCGGGUUAGGAGAGACACAACAGGCCUAGGCAGGGGGACAUGGGGAGGGAAAUGCUCUGAGUGAGGGGCAGAGCCGGCCCCAAGGCUAGGAGAGCAGAGGCAGCACAAAGGGCCCUGAGGCUGGCCAGAGGGAGGGCAGAACGGCGGUACACAGAGACUGACCUGAUCGGGGGGAGGGAUAGCUCAGUGGUUUGAGCAUUAGCCUGCUAAACCCAGGGUUGUGAGUUCAAUCCUUGAGGGGGCCACUUAGGGAUCUGGGGCAAAAAUCAGUACUUGGUCCUGCUAGUGAAGGCAGGGGGCUGGACUCAAUGACCUUUCAAGGUCCCUUCCAGUUCUAGGAGAUGGGAUAUCUCCAUUAAUUUAUUUACUGUGGGCGACGGGCAGCAGCAGCCGGGCAUUGUAUCCGUGGUUCAGGCAGUGUGUGACUAUAAACGGGGACAAACUCGCUGCCGCGUGGGCCGUGAUACCUCACGUUGAUGCCAAGGGCAGUGGGCUGGGGCCCUGAGCCUGCUGCCUUCUCCCACUGCUGUCUACCCCUCGUAGCUUCUCCAGUCCCUGCCGUGCCCCUGGCCCCAGGCUGUAUGCAGGCUGGACAUACCCACCCCGUUAGGAGGCCUUGUCUACACACACAUGUGCACUGGUUUAGUUAAGCUGGUGCAGUCAAACCCGUGGCCACCCUGCCGUGGACACGCUUGUUUUGGUUUAAGCCCAGCUUACUGUGGGUUCACAUAACCUGUUCCCAAGCAACUUUAGCUGAACGGCAAUAAGCCCCUUUUACACUGGGUGCUCCACCUCGGGGCUGGCACUGAUUUAACUAAUGGGGUUCCGUUUACACCUUUAGCCCAGUGCACCGUCUCUCUGUAUUCACACCCCGGCAGGCACAAACGUAACACAGCGCGAAGGCCAGUUUGAACCAUGAGCUGAGCGUCUGCACCCCCUCCCUGCCUCAGGCUAGACGCCCACCUUGGUGAGCGGAGCAGGGUGACGGGCUUCGCUCGCCUGCAGGGGGCCAGCCGAAAGCUACAGGCAAUACACCCAUAGCGGGGGCUUCUCUGCAGGCCCCCCACUGCCUCUCCAGCGUUGGGGCCUAGCCUCAGGUACGCCCCUCGCUGCCCAGUACCCGCUACCGCUGCCCCCAUGCAGUCCCCUUGAGGAGCAGCGGAAGCAGCUGUACUGGUGGAGCCCAGCCUGCAUGGGAGGGGGUUUGCUCUGCUCCAGGCUGCCCCCAGGCCAGUAACAGCGGUGAUGGCGUCAUUGCCCCAGAGCAUGAGGAAGCGCACAACACGCGGUGAUCCCGAGUGCCCGCCCCUGGCCAGCGCUAGCUGGGGGCUGCUUUUUAUCUGCCCCGGGGUCUCACCAGUGCAAAGCUGUUAAAAGUGGGGCUAGUUCCCCCUCAGAGAUGGGCUCUGCGUCCGCGUGGUGGCUGGGCUGUAGCUGAUGGCCAGAAGCCGGGCCCGUGGCCCCCACCUUGUGUGCGCUAUUCAGUGCAUUGUUCCCUCCUUCUAGCAGCUUUGCUCCUGGCGGGGCCUGUCCAGUCAGUCCCUCUUGCUGUCUUGGGGUUUAGGGGCUGUCAGACCCUGCAGACCUUUCUGAGAUAGCCCCUCUAGCCAGCCCCUGCAGCCAGCACUGCCUGAGGUGGGGGGAGGGGGAGCUUGCAGAAAGAACAAGGAUUUUUCCUUCCUUUUGUUCACACACCUGUAAAUAAACAAAGUCACACCCUGUACGUUAAUGCGCCCUCAGCCCACGGCGCGGAGCCACCGGUGUGGCUGCUGCUGAAUUCAGGGCUCUAGUCUCCCCUUUGGACCUCAAACCUGUCCCAGCAGGAAUGGAGGUGAACGCGCCGCCCCUGAGCCGUGAGAUCACCCCCGCACCAGCGGGCCUCUAGGGUGCUUAUGGGGCCCCCGCGGUGCUCACUGGCAGAGACUGGGGGGGCUUGCGCUGUCCCUUACACCAUGGAAAUGCUCUCCUCCCGCUUACACCCACUGGAGUCAGCCGCACGGCCGGCCCUGUAUUCCCUGAGUGCCGGCAGGGAGCAUACAUGGGGCUCAGGGGGAUUGUGAGGGAAAGCCAGGGAAACAGUAUCUUUGGAAACAGGUGUCACUGCCCCGGUGCUGUAUUACGUGCUGGCACCUUUGUCGCACUCUGUCCGAAGUGAUGGCACCUGGCUCUUAACUGCAGACGCUACACCUGGAGCAACUCUGUUAAUUUCCUUCUCAGCCAAGCAAAGUGUUCGGACCGGGAGCCAGGCCUUCUGCUCCCCGGUCCUGUCUGCUCGGCCCUGCUCCCGGGGCCCAUGGCUCCACCUCCAUCCGUUCUGCGCAUUCGUUAGGAAAGCCACUCUAGAAUGUUUACACAUCGCAACUAGAAUGUACAACUACCACCAAGGACGGCGAAGCUGGGCUAACUGCAUGGCAACCGUCUCAGCCAUCCAGCCUGGCAUGCGUCACAGAGACCCUGCUGUGUACAAAUCCACCUGCCAACCGCCGGAUCAUGUCCUGGACCAGCUGAUGAUGCAUCAGACGCAGCUGUCAUCAUUAGAUUUGUUCUGAAAAGGGGAUUGUCAAUCAUGCCAUUAAAAGCCUGCCUAUCUUUUCA